AUGCCUUCCGCGCUCGACAUGCCUUCCGAGGUCAACAUGCCUUCUUCCGUUAACAUGCCUUCUAAGGUUAACAGCAUGCCGUCGCCCGUCAGCAUGCCUUCCGAGAUCGUUGUCAUGGCUUCCGAGAUCAGCAUGCCUUCCAAGCUCAGCAUGCCUCCAAGGUUGUUCGGAAAACGCCAACUUAUCGUGGCUGCAUUCCAAUCCUAA